AUGGAAAUUGCAAAACAAAAUAUAAUGUUUAAUAAGGCAAAAAAUAGACAAGAACAAAAUAAUCAAUCAGAUGAAUCUUUAGAAAGAGUUAUUGAUGGUUUUUUAUCUGUACCAAAUGUUAAACAACGUAUCAUUGCUAAAUUAGUUGAACAAGGUGAAGUUAAAGAAAUAAGUCCUUGGUCUGAAGAGAAAUCACCUCAAAGAGCAGAUGACGUUGUCAAUUCAAUUCUUAGAGAAAAUUCAAUUGAUUUUAAUGAUAAUUCAAAUAGUAUGGAUUCAAAUAGUUUAGAUUCUAAUAGCGCCGAUUCAAAUGAUUCAUUGAGAUAUGAUCAUCAACAAGAACAGCAAGAACAAUUCGAACAAUAUGGAGAACAAGAUGAACAAUAUAGUGGUGACAUGAAUGAACAGAUGCAACAAGAAGAAGAACAAUUUGGUAGAAGAGGUAGAAGAAGAAGAAGUUUGAGUAGUCAUGGAGGUGAGAGUCAGAAUGAUGAUAAUUCAUCCUACUAUGAUUAA